AGUACAGUAUUUCUGCCAUCUUUGUUUGCAUUGCAGUGAGUCAUCAAAAGUCUGUCUUGUACCGACACCCGGAGCGUGCAUUCCUCUGGCACCAACACUCCACUGUUUUUAAAGCCGGGGCUGGGAGCUGGCAUUUACUUCGGCUCCCAAAUCAAAGGCGGCUAUUCAUUCCCGAGAGCUGCCUGAAUGUCCGUCUGCAUCCGGCCUCUUCAUUGAGAUGCUGUGCGCUGCCCCGGAGAGCCAGGCUGGGUGCAGCUGAGCUGCGGCCGCUGAGCCCGGCGCGGAGCCUCUCUGCCCUCCUCCUCCUCCUCCUCCUCCUCCUCCUCCUCCUCCUCCUCCUCCUCCUCCUCCUCCUCUCCCGGCUCCUUGCGCCCUCCCCACCCCAAGGGCUCCCUCUCCGUUUGCUGCAUUCCCGGAGCAGCUGGCGGCUGCGGGCGGCCGGCGUGCGGGCAAGCCUGCCCCUGCCAGGCUGAGCGGGCAGUGCCGGGGCCACCGGCGGCAGCGGCCAAAGAUGUGCCCGCUCGGGCCACUCCCGCGCUGAGAGUCUGAGGCGUGCCCGCCGGCGCCUGCCCACCAUGUCGCAGAUGCUGCACAUCGAGAUCCCCAACUUCGGGAACACCGUGCUCGGCUGCCUCAACGAGCAACGCCUGCUGGGCCUCUACUGCGAUGUGUCCAUUGUGGUCAAGGGCCAGGCCUUCAAGGCCCACCGGGCCGUCCUGGCCGCCAGCAGCCUCUACUUCCGAGACCUGUUCAGCGGCAACAGCAAGAGCGCCUUUGAGCUGCCGGGCACGGUGCCCCCCGCCUGCUUCCAGCAGAUCCUGUCCUUCUGCUACACGGGCAGGCUGACCAUGGCGGCCAGCGAGCAGCUCGUGGUCAUGUACACGGCCGGCUUCCUGCAGAUCCAGCACAUCGUGGAGCGCGGCACAGACCUCAUGUUCAAGGUGAGCUCGCCCCACUGCGACUCGCAGACCGCUAUGAUCGAGGACGCCAGCUCCGAGCCCCAGAGCCCCUGCAACCAGCUGCAGCCGGCCACUGCCACGGCCGCUCCCCCCUACGUCGUGUCCCCCUCCGUGCCCAUCCCGCUACUGACCCGCGUGAAGCAUGAAGCCAUGGAGCUGCCGCCGGCCGCCGGCCCGGGCCUGGCGUCUAAGCGCCCGCUGGAGACGGGGCCCCGGGAUGGUGCGACAGUGGCAGCGGGUGCUGCUGUGGCGGCAGGCGUGGCCCCUCUCAAGCUGCCCCGGGUCUCCUACUAUGGGGUGCCCAGCCUGGCCACCCUCAUCCCCAGCAUCCAGCAGGUGCCCUACUCCCAGGGGGAGAGGACCAGUCCAGGGGCCAGCAGCCUGCCCACCACCGACAGCCCCACCUCCUACCACAAUGAGGAGGACGAGGAGGACGACGAGGCCUACGACACGAUGGUGGAGGAGCCGUACGGCCAGAUGUACAUCAAGGCCACAGGCAGCUAUGCAGUGCAAGAGAAGCCGGAACCAGUGCCGCUGGAGAGCCGCUCCUGCGUCCUCAUCCGCCGCGACCUGGUGGCCCUGCCCGCCAGCCUCAUCAGCCAGAUCGGGUACCGCUGCCACCCCAAGCUGUACUCGGAGGGGGACCCGGGUGAGAAGCUGGAGCUGGUGGCAGGCUCCGGGGUCUGCAUCACACGCGGCCAGCUGAUGAACUGCCACCUGUGUGCAGGGGUGAAGCACAAGGUCCUGCUGCGGCGGCUCCUCGCCACCUUCUUUGACAGGAACACACUGGCCAACAGCUGUGGCACGGGCAUCCGUUCAUCCACCAGUGACCCCAGCCGCAAGCCGCUGGACAGCCGAGUCCUGAACGCUGUGAAAUUGUACUGUCAGAACUUCGCGCCCAGCUUCAAGGAGAGCGAGAUGAACGUGAUUGCCGCGGACAUGUGCACCAAUGCCCGCCGGGUCCGGAAGCGCUGGCUGCCCAAGAUCAAGUCCAUGCUGCCCGAGGGUGUGGAGAUGUACCGCACGGUCAUGGGCUCCUCGGCCGCCGGUGUGCCCCUCGACCCCGAGUUCCCGCCCGCCGCGGCGCAGGUGUUCGAGCAGCGCAUCUACGCCGAGCGGCGCGGCGACGCCGCCACCAUCGUGGCUCUGAGAACUGACGCCGUGAAUGUCGACCUGGGCGCCGCCAACCCCGCCUUUGAGGCCAGUGAAGUGGCGGACGGGGCCGGCUCGGUCAUCCAGGAGGUGGCUGCACCCGAGCCGCUGCCCGCCGAUGGCCAGAGCCCCGGGCAGCCCUUCGAGCAGGGCAGCGCCAGCUCCAGCCGGCCCCCGACGCCGGCGGCAAGGAGACAGGAGGGCUCCUACACGGGGACCUUGUAGAGGAUGGGGAGACGCGCGAGGGACCGGGUACUAAAGCUGCUUGCAUGCGUUACUAAUACGACAAUGUGAUCAAGCCACUUACCUACUGAACUGCUACUGUUGCCUGAAAAAAAUGUGAUUUUUAUUCUGCUUGUAUUUAAAGUUUAUGAAGGAAACAAAUGCAUUUAUUAUACUGUAAACGGUUAGGCCCCUGCGACCCUGUGGCGAGAGAGGUCCCAGGGCUCCUUUUGAUACUCUCGAGGUUAGCCCCCUGCCCCUUCUUGGGGGGGAGGGAGGGCAAGAGGCCCCGGUGCCCCCUCUGCCCACUUCCCCCCCUUCCUGUUCCCUCUGCCCCGGGGACAAAGCCAGAGGCCGGCAGAGUGGGGGCAUGGGUCCCAGACACCCGUUCCUUACCCAGAGGGACCCCGCCUGCCCCUGUGGGGCCACAGGCUAGGGCUGGGCCCCCAGGGGCCAAACUUCUCUUGUUUUUCCUUCUUCCUGAGACUCGGGGGUCAGACCUGCCGGGUCCACCAUCGUGUGGGGUGUGGGUGUGUGUGGGGAGUGUGUGAGUGCAUGUGUGUGCUGGGAACAGUGUGAGGGCCCAGCGAGGGGCCUUGCUGGUCACUGUGGCUGCAGAACUGUUCUUGGCUGUAUCUGUUCUAUCUCCACCCCGCACUCUCGGGGUCUGCCCACUGCCCACAGCUCCAUGGCCCCUUGGGCCACUGGCUCUGAGCACCUGCUGGCUCUGCCUGGCGGCUGGCCAUCUGUGGGGUGGGGCCGCCCCAGUGGAGCCCUCAGCCAUGCUGGGAUUCUGUCUAUGUUUUUGUCUUAAUUCAGAUCUAUUUCAUAUAUGGUUUGGAAACUUUCAGACCCAAAAGAGCAAAAAAUUAGGGAGGAUGGGGUGUCACUCCCCCAACCCACUGUGGCUUGGGCGUGAGUCAUCUGUAUACCAAGCCCCCCACCCCCACCAGGUCCCACUCACCUCCCAUUGGGGGCGAGGGUCCCAGGGGAGUGCAGCAGGGUGUCUGACGGAGGAGGCAGAGGCCGCACAGGAGGCAGGGGCCCAGGCUGGGGCUGGAGCGGGGUCCCCUCGGUGCGGGCUACCCCGUACUGUGCUCCAAGCCUUCGGGGUGCACCUCUGAGGCUGUGGGUGGCUGGGCAGUGGGUGCAGGCCUGAGCUAGGGCAGCUUGCGGGCGGGGCGGGGCGGGCACCCUGGAGCUGCAGCAGGUUCCGAGGCUCUGGAAUGCACUGGAGGGGCGGGAAGGAAGGGCCCACAGGGUUGAUGGUUUGUUUGAGGCUGAAAUGCUCACUUUGAAGUUUCAUUGCUUGUUCUUGUGGGGUGGGGCACAGAUUGUCCAAAGUACUCAUGUGGCCGCUUGUCCAGGGGCCACCUUCCUCUCGAGUCCCAGGCAGCCCCACGCAUGGCCAGGGACACUCCCUCACCCCUAGACGUGGAGGGGGCUCUUGCUGCUUCCCUUCGUCUCAUCCCGGGUGCGGAGCAAGCCCCUCCACCUGUGGGUGCACACAGGACUGGACAGGUGUGGCUCAGCCCUGCCCAGAUCCCACAGAGCUGAGCCUUCCCUGGCUGCAGGGCCUCCUGCAGGGUCCCCAUGUGGGGCAACCUGGGCCAGGAGGCUUAGGCGCCUUCCCACUCGGGCUCCCCAUUCCUGCUGACCGCCGCCCCUCCCUGUGCCCGGGAGACCUCGGGUGGGGUGGGGGCUCCUUCCCAGAUUACACUCAGCCUCCUGGGCCUCCUCCAGGCAGGCCAGGCCUGUGCCUGCCCUCUAGAAAGAUCUGAUGGCUUCUGGGAAGGGGUGGGGGGACCCUAGGUGGGCCUGCAGGAGCUAAUCUUGGCCCCUGUACCGGCCCCUCCCUGCCCCAGUGGGAGGGCCAAGCCCUGGGGUCGUGGGCCUGAAGGGCUGCAGCUCCUGCUGGGGCUCCAACCCACCACCUGGCCCGAGGCUGGCCUCUCUCCCCACUUCCUCCUCCCCGUCUCCGCCUAGGUGGGGUUGGAGCUUACACAGGCUGGGGCCCACAGCCCACUAGGGACCAGGACCAAGUCCUCCUGGAAUUGGGAGGAGGCCACGGGGUGGGGGAGGUGCUGGUGGGGAGGCUGACCCCACCCAUCUCCUCUGGAGUUUCCCUUCAUCUACCACACCCCCAAAUUUGCACUUUAAUUUGACCAUCCCUGGGGACCUUCGAGAGACGGCUGCCCGUCCUGGGUUUGGACAGAAGGGCUGGCUCUCUCUCCCUCUGUCUCCUCCACUCCAAAGUGGGCACGGCGCCCCCACCCUUGGCCAGGACCAGGGGUGCUGCUUGCCCUGUGGAGGAGGCGGUGGCUGCACAGCGAACGCCUGACCACCGCUCAGGCUAGCACAAUGUCCCGUGACCUCUGUCCCUUGAUUGUUUAUAAUCGCCGUCUGUUUCGUUGUCCUGGGUAAGGAAGGCAAGAGCUGUAGGUGAAACUUUAAUAAUAAUUCAAUGUGAAUGGGUUCUGAGCUCUGCCUGCACCCCGGGCGGGCUGGGCCGAGUGUUUUGCACUAAUGUCCCGCGGUGGACGUGGUUGGAGCGUUUGCAGACGGGCAUGGCUGAUGAUUGUAUCUGCCGGGGCGCUCCCUCCGCGUCCAGAAUGUUCCGCGGGGCGGGCGGCGGCAGGCCUGGGCUCGGAGGGGCCUUCCAGAGUGCCUUAGCAUCUUUUGAUCAUUUUUCCCAAGGAAAACCAAUUAAGAAAACCGGACCCUCCCCCUCCUCUGUUUACAAGACGACUAAUUCCUGUCCCAUGUGCGUGAUCCCGACUCACCCAGACCCCGUAGACCGAGAGACGAGCCACUCAGUAUUUAUGAGAUGUCUGCACCUUUAUUCCUAAGCUUGACUAUUAGCAAUACGCAUAUACUACAUAGAGUCUGUUAGAGAGCUAAGUUAUAGCAGCGCCUUUUCCAGGAGGAGAGAAGGGACUGGACCACGUCGGAGCUGAUGUGGCGGGUGGCUGGCUUGGCAUCCGGCCGCCGCUCUGCCCUCUCCUGCCCUCCCUAGCGGGACGGGAUGUGCCACAGGAGGCAGCUGGGACGGAGUGUGAAAGGUCCAGGAGAAGGGACCGGGAGAUGUGACAGAUACUGUGAGCUGGGGCGGCCCCGCCCGCCCGGCCGGCGUGCCUCGGUACUUGAAUUCUGUCUUGUGUUCUGCACUGUGUCUGGUGUCACCCAGAGUUCUCUGUGGUCGCUUCACUUUGCAUCUGAUUUGAUUGUCUUACCUUGCCCCGAAUGUGGACGCAGCUGUGGACGAGAGGCCGAGGGGAGAGACCUCCGGGGGCACAGCCUGCAGCCCCCGCCUGGCUGUCCUGGUGCUGGAUGACAGCGGGUGGGGGCUCCAGGAGCCUGGGUUCAUCUCUCCCCCGUGAAAACUCGUUCUCCGGCGGCUGUGUUUAGAGCUGGGAGGCAGGCAGGGGUGGGGCCUGGGAGGGCAGGGAGGCCAUGGAGCCUGACCGCUCCCCAUAUUCACGGCCGGCCCCAGCCGCUUACUGCUUCAAUUCCCCUCAGAUGGGUUAUUUUUAUGGAAAUACCUUGCUGCAAGUGGAAAAAGGCCUAUGGCCCAUUAACCACCUGAAAACUCAGAGAAAACCUCUGUCUGCCUCUGCAGCAGUAAAUCCUAUAUAGUGAGGGUUCAUAGCUGUCUUGAGCUGUAACUACUGUUUGAGAACGCGGCUGCUGCGCCCAUCCGUCUUGUGUCAGCCAGCCGCUCCUAGGGUCUCACCCGCCGGAGGCACAAGAUGUUUCAACACAGCAAAGGUUUUUGGUUUUUGUUUGUUUGUUUUGUUUCUUUGGAAAAAAAAAAAAAAAAGAAAAGGAAAAUUAUGCAGAAUCUAACACAUUCAGAUUGGACAACCUGCUUGAAUUCUGAUCAAUCGCUUCAUUGUAGCGUUUUGCACAUGAUUGUAAUUUUUAUGUCAAAAGAAGCCAAACUUGCAAUACUAUUUUUAGCAGACAAAAAAAAGAACUGAGUAUAAAAUGUAUAAAUAUUUUUGACUUGAACAUUUGGAUGGCACUGGGUGCAAACAGACCAUUCAUCCUUUGGACGGAAUGUUUGGGGAAAAGAGACUUUUUAAAAGGAGACGGUUGUUGUAAAAGUCUGCUGAGCGGUUCGGUAGUACUGUAACUCACGACUGUUAAAAAAUAAACAAAUUGUUCCUGUGCUGUAUAAAGGAGAUUUGUCUCACAUACCACUGAGUUCCAUUUCAGCCACAGAAGAUGCUCGCUUUUUUUUUUUUUUUUAGAGAAGGAGGAAAGCUUUGUUCUUCCUGCCUCCUCACGCUCCUUCAUGCUGCUACGUGGCAGAGUCAAGACUGUUGCUUUUCAGCCACGGCUGACACCGCAUCAAUAACUCCAACAACAGAAACAUCCGCCAGCAACCGGGAAACCGAGGGCUUCUAGCGUGCUCAGAGCCGACUUAUAAGGUGGAAAUCCGUUAUACACAAACAAAAGGAUGUGAUCGUUAAUUGUAAAGCGCUUUGUAAAAUUCACAUUUACAGAAUAAUAAAGUCAGUUCAAACCCAAGUUGCCUGCACUUUGCUGGG